AUGAAUCAACCUUCAACCACUAUUGGAGCCAAUUCUGGCAUAGAGCCAGAAGAAUUCUUUUGGCAAAGUGAACUGUAUUUUAAAUCAUAUUUCAGGAGCAAAAGAGGUAAAGCGUACCCUCAUUACGAUAACUCGAGCAUCUUAAAGUUUUUGUUUUUUCACUGGGUCAACAAAUGGGUCAAUUUAGUCUCGAAACAAUAUGUUGAUCCUUACAGAUUACACCCCCUGCCAGUGUCGGACCAAAUACUGUACUGGCAGCCAAUAUUUUCUAAACACAUUAGCGACGCACUAUUUAGACUAGAGUCGUUUGAAAAUGCUAAAUUUAAGUCGGGAAAAGUCAGAUUGAAACUUUACUAUUCAGUACUGCUGAGGGCCGCCAUCUACACAUUCUGGAAGAGGCUCCUCUUUCUGAUCACAGGCUUAAUAUUCGUGAACAUUUUGAGCAUGAGUAUCGCAAUCUUGGUUAAAAAGUUACUGGGAAUCUUGAACGACAAGUCGUUCAAUUUUAUCAACACAUGUCUCAUUAUCAUAAAUCCGUUUCAGCACGGCAUGUGUCACCGGAGGAAGUUCGCGAACAACAUCAACGGCUCAAAUCCCCUGAACGUGUGCAACCAGGUUCUCCACAGCUGCUCACCGGACUCUGAGUGUUCAAAAAACCCAUUAUUCUGCCAGGCUCUGCGUUACCAGAACAAGGAUAUCAACUCCAGAAUAUUCACGCUGGAGUUCAUGGAUUCGUAUUACGUUUCGCUGAUAUUUGAGUCGAUAAAGUACAUGAUAGAAUUCUUGUCAAAUUUCAUUUACGGGAUCAUUCUAAUGUCGUUUCAACUUAAAAUAAACAUAUGGGUGCUUUACAUUUUAGGGUUUUUGUUCCUGGUUUUAAUCAUUUUAAUGGAAAUAGCAAACACGUUCGUCUUUAAACACAUUUCGCGCAUCAGGGACAUCAGAAUAACGAAGUCCAAUGACAUUAUACUUUCGCUGCCCAUCAUUAAGAAGACGCUCUACGAUGAUAUCGCAAUUACCAUCAUAACGCAGCUCAGAAACAAUGAACUCAUACUGUUCUUAGUAAGGGCGCUGAUAACGUACUUCAAUAUCACCCUAUACACGACGUGCGUUAACAUCUCAUUUUACAUUAUAAAAAGGUAUUUUAUAAAGUCAGUAAACGACGCCACUUUAAUCACCGACAUAGACACGGCAGGCUUUAUGGCGACGAUAUACAUAAUGCUGAAGAUAUACAAUUCAAUGUUCUUGGUGCCCAGUUCUAUAAAAAUGUUCGGAAUGUCAUACAUUUCAUACAAACGAGUGGAAGAUUAUGUGAAAGAUUGUUCUCCUAACUUUUAUAUCAGUGACAACAAGUACACUGGAUCUGUUCAAACGUCCACCGACAUCGCCAGCGCCACCAACCAGCUACCUAACGAUGUUGUUGUGUAUUAUAAGGAUGCCACGUUCACCUGGGUCAACUCCAGGGAGAACCUGUUGAGUCAGAAGUAUGAUCCUUAUUUGAAGAACAUCACCUUUGAACUCAAACGUGGCCAGAUGGUCAUUGUUACAGGUGCUCAGGGUUCUGGUAAAUCUAACUUCAUCAAGUCAAUGCUCGGUGAGAUGACCCUGGUUGGUGGUUCCAUGGCUGUUGUGCCUCUACACACUUCUAUGCCUAUAUUCUACGCAUCACAGGACAUAUGGCUACACCAGGGUACCAUUAGGUCAAACAUUACAUUUGGAUACAAGUUUGAUGAACACUUGUACAACACUGUGCUUAAAGCUGUUGAACUUGAAUAUGACAUAUCAACGUGGCUGCACGGUGACCUCAGAGUAGUAUCUGACAACGCACAUUCACUCAGUGGAGGCCAACGUGUAAGAAUGGAGUUGGCUCGUGCAGUGUACGCUUAUAUGGUAUUCCACCAGGUUAACUCUGACUACAACAACAACAAAUGUUCCUUUUUGAUGUGCCUCGACUCACCAUUCCAAGGUCUCGAUCCCUAUGUAUCCAAGUCAAUAUUCAAUAACCUGUUUAACCUUAAAACUGGCUUAUUGUUAAAGGAUGAUUUAUCAAUCGUUUUAACAUCGUCGAAACGAUACCUCGAAAUAUGUUCACGAAUGUCAGAUUUAACCCUGGUUCCCAAUCCCCCGAUUUUCAAAGUCAAGAACCAAACCCUUAAAUUUUACUCCACCUUGCACGACUUCAUUAAAAACAACAAGGUCGUCAAGAACGAUUACAACCAUUCAUCGCCCACACACAUCGGCACGUAUCAGAUGAAUUAUUUAACCAAUGAUAUGCUUAGUCUAUGUUCAUCAGGUUCCACUACCAGGCUAGGCCGAAGGGAGGUAACCAGGUCAAAAUACAGUAAAUCACGAAAGUCGUUCCUCAGCGACGAGUUCUCGGGAGUUAAAUUGAACCCUUACUACGUGUACAUGAAGCCAGCACUGAUCACAUUUGUCUUGUACAUACUGCUGAGUGUUUUGCUUAAUAUUAUGGACAGCGCAAAGUAUAUCUUGUCAACUGAACUUUCGGACUACAUAACCAAGUACAUUAAUAAAUUCAAGGACGGAGAAUCAGUAGACCUGAUCAAAAUUAAGUCACGAGCAAACCUUUCGAUGAAAGUAACGACCAUGUUCGUAUCCGUAAUAAUAGUGCUGUCAGUGCUGUCAACAAUACUUUACGCACUAGGCUACAUAAUAACAUCGCGGAAGAUCCAUGAGUAUGUAGUAAACUCCAUCUUUACGAACAGUUCAUCAGCAAUAAAGAUAAAAAAGGAUAUAAGUCAGAUAAUAACGUACUUCUCGUGCGAUAUUAAGAUCAUAGACGAGGACGUGGGUUACUUUUUAUCCCUGGUUUUUAUUUACCUGAUUCAGACGCUGGUCAACAUAUUCUCCCUGUUUUACCUCAUUCCGAUCUCCAUCCCCUUUGUGCUCGUGACGCUGGUUAUCCUGUACAAGUGUAUUUUGGUGCAACUGACGAGUUCCUCGAAGAACAUACAGUUCGGGUACAUAGAGGCAACCACGCACAUUAACUCGGUAUGCGAGAACGCCAUCACGGGGUCGUCCACCUACAGAAGUUUCAAAAAGGAGUCGCAGCUGGUGACUAGCCUUAUCGAGCAGGCCGACUACAGAAUGAGGUGCAAGUACCUGUUGUAUUCGCUUACGUCGUGGACGUCGAUACUGUCCAACUGGGUAUUUUCACUAUCCAUUCUGUUGGUACUGGUCAUUCCCAUAAUCCUAGAUAGAAUUACCGACUACACUUUGAAGAUGGGAUAUCUCGGAUUGGCGCUGUCCCUGUGUAUGAAUGUUCUCAAGUCUUUUGAUAAAUUUUCUUCGCUGUACUUUAAGAGCAUGAUGGCUAUCUGUUCAGUUCUGAGGUUCAGAUACUUCAUUCCUCCUGGCCAUAAGCUUAAAUUCGAUAGAUGUCUCAACACCCACGAGGAACAUUUAGUAAAUCCCACCAGAGGCGCCAUAAAGUUUGAUAGAAAUCAAUUGCUAACUAGAAGAGCAGCUGAGUUUAAGGAUGAUAACAAGAGAUUCUACAAAUUGAAAAGGCCGUUUUAUUGCCCUAAAAUAACCAUACUAAAUGUAGAUAACCAUUUAUCUCCUGAACAUACCGGCGUUGAGUUAAAAGAUGUGUGUGUACAUACAGGAUCCCACAGUGCAGAGAGUAUGAUUCUAAAACACUUCAAUGUAUCUGCUAAGCGUUCUGAGAUAAUUGGCGUUGUUGGCAGGACUGGUGCCGGUAAGACUACUCUGUUGUCAGUACUGCAGAACAUUGUUGAGAACAGAACAGGUCUCGUACUGUUGGACGGCAUGGAUCUCAAUAAAAUCUCCAAACACGUACUCAGACAGGUUAUAGGUGUUCUACCACAACUGCCAUUUGUGUUCAAGGGAUGGACUAUUCGCAGGUUCCUUGAUCCUAGGAAGCUGUUUAGUGACGAUGACAUCAACGAUGCGCUGGACAAGUGUGGUCUACUCAACUUAGUCAAUGAGCUUCCUGGUGGCAACAAGUUGGAUAGUGAUUAUUAUAAGGAGUGUGACAUGUUACUGUCGAACAGUCAGCUGAGGACACUCUCACUGGCCAGACUAGUGCUGUACCGAAACCUAUUCAGGGUCAUUCUGGUUGAUGAACCUCCAGAAAACUCAGAAGAAUAUGAGUACGGAGAACAGAGUCUAGAGUACAAGGAUACUGGAGUCCCAAUAUAUGAGUUACUAAAAGCCUACUUCCAACACUGUACAACAUUCGUCACGGCACACGAUGUGAAUGUAUUAAAGAGUUGUACUUCGGUUUGGGUAAUACACGACGGGUUUCUAGUAAGAACGUGCAAAACCAGUGAUAUCGCAGCAAGUGAAUCAAUCGCAAACAUUAUUGAAGAGAGUCUAAAAUGCAGUUAG